AUGGAGGUCCCAUUCGCGUUGCAAAUUAGUAAUGAUGCCAUUGAUAGUGAGUUAGAAGAGGUGGAACUGGUCGAUAUUGUUUAUGCACCUCCAUCUUCACGCUUGUCUCUCUUAGGCGUAACAAAAAAUGACCCACGUCAACUUGCAAAGUACACUAUCAUCGCCAUGGUUGUAGCAACUCUCAAAACAGCACAUGUUUUUGUGGGACUAAUCAAAGAAGCCACUGGAACUCCAUUUAAUAUACUGGAUCUGCACCAAUUGGCACUGAGGAAGAUGCUAAGAGUGUCCUUGUGUGGUCACCCUGUCCCCUUGGAGUUACAUAAUCUAAUGAAGAAGGUUGCUAUAGCUAGCGUAAACUUUGGGUUUGUUUCCCUCUGCAGUUUCCACUGUCAUUGUCUCAACGCCCUAAAAGUCAUCUUCGUGUGCCGUAAUGAACAAGGCAUAUGCACUGUUUAA